CUCCUUGACUUAUAGGCUAUUUUAAAACAUAACCUCAAAAAACUCUCGUAUUGUAAAGAAACUGUGCAAUUUUGCUCAUUUCGGAGGAGAUUUUGUGUUCUAAAAAAUUUUAAAAGUCCAUUAUAAGUAGAAAUCUUGUGGAUUUAGAAAUGGUAGAGUGCCUGGGAUUAAGUACAAAUAAAUAAGUACAAAUAUGGACAUUCUUAGUUAUUUAGUGUUAAUAAAAUAGCAAUUGAAAUCACAUAAAUGUCUUUCAAGUAUUAUAAGGCAGGAUUUGUAAUUAACUGUGAAGUCAAAAACUUGCUAAACACAUUAUUAUGAUGGCCUCCAUAGUUUUAUGUAGCCCAUUUUUUUGUAUUCACCCGUGAAAGUUUUUUUUAUUUUUGUAAUUGAUAAUCGGUAAAAUUUAUAUUUUUUCGCAGUGAUACCGGUUUUAUCACGUUUUAGAAAUGACCUUAAGAAAAACUUCGGUUUAAAAAUUAAUGGCGGUCUGGGAGUAGUUUAAAUUUUAGUUAAGCUUGAAACCGCGAAUUCCAGUAUAGCUUUUUCAAAUUGUUUACGUUAUAGUAUUAAAGUGAGUAAACCGUUUUGUUUUUUCUCAAUUGACCGGAGAUAUAAACUUCAUAUUAGAUGAACUCGACACGAGAUUUUUACCAAAAUCAAUACCUCAUCGAUUUCUUAAACAAUUAAAACUUAAAACUAACCAAGCGGAUUUUUUUUCUCCCAGAAAAGUUGGGUUAUAUUUCCGCGAGGAUGACUGUCAUGAUAUUAGGAUUUAAUUCUUUAGAUGUUUUAUGCUUUUUGUUUGUCUAUGUUGAACAAUGUAAAAAAGAAGAGGAAGCAGGUUUUAUUUUUAUGAUUGAUGAGAAUUAUUAUUUUUUUUAUAAUUUAGUAAUAAUGAAUAAAGAUAUAAAACUAUGACAACUACCUUUGUUAUGGUUUAUAUCAGAGUAUCAAUUAUAGUUUAAACUUUAGUUCAAUCUCCGGUUUUUAAAAUUACGGCUAAGCCAGCAUCGAGCGACAACAUGAAAUUGCAACUUAUGAACUGUGAGGCCUAAUGACAUUAAAGGGUUCAAGCUAAAGCGCCUGAUCGGCUUCUCAAAGGACAUCUUGUCAAACUUCCCCGCUACCCUAUACAAUUAAAUUUAUCUAUGGCUCUGUCAUCUUGUCAAAACUAGUAAGAAUUUAAAUGUUUAGAAUUAUACGUGAAAUUCAUGUGGUAUUUAUAGUUACAUAAUGUUGGAUAUAGUGUGUUUCGUCAAACAUUUUAUCAAACUCUUUUCAAAUUCCAUACAAAAAUGCAGUAAUUUUCCGUGUCCUAAACAAUCGUCCAAUAAACGAAAAUUUAUUGUUGGGGGAAAUUUGAAAAUGAAUGGAAACAGAUCAGAUAUUAUGAAAAUUUUAAAAACUUUGAAAGAUGGCCGUUUAGAUUCCAAUACUGAGGUAUUUAUUGCGGUACCUGCAGUUUAUUUAGAUCUUGUGAAAUGUAACAUACCCAGUAAUAUACAGCUAGCCGCUCAGAAUUGUUACAAGGAGGAAAAAGGAGCGUUUACAGGAGAAGUUUCCCCAUUGAUGUUAACAGACAUCGGGGUCCAAUGGGUCAUUUUGGGACAUUCAGAAAGAAGACACAUUUUUAACGAAACUGAUGAACUCAUUGCAGCCAAGGUAGCAUUGGCAAAGAAAAGUGGUUUACAAGUGGUAGCGUGCGUUGGGGAAACUCUGGCCGAACGAGAAGCCGGUAAAACUAUGGCUGUUGUAAUUAAACAAAUCAACGCUAUAGAAUCUCAGUUGAAGGGUAACUGGACGAAUGUAAUAUUAGCAUAUGAGCCAGUAUGGGCCAUUGGUACAGGCAAAACUGCUACUCCCGAACAGGCUCAAACUGUACAUGAAAAUAUCAGAUGCUUCUUCAAAGACUGUAUAUCCUUUAAUGUAGCUGAAGGUGUUAGGAUCCAAUAUGGUGGAUCAGUUACAGCGAAAAAUUGUAAAAAAUUAGCUAGUCAACCUGAUAUCGAUGGAUUUCUGGUUGGUGGAGCUUCCCUGAAACCAGAAUUUGUUGAUAUAAUUAACGCCAAGAGCUAGUAAUCAUUAUAAUAAAUUUUUUA